CACUCACUGAAAUCACAAUGGCAACUCGGCAUCUCACACGCAAAACCGCUGUUCAUGUCGACUCACUCACAUGCCGUCUUGGGGCUCUGUCAUUCGCGCCCCAAGCGGGUCGUCGCUGUUAUGCCAGAGCUCGGUCUAAAAUUCCGAGGAUUUCUACUUCGGCCAUAUCAUCUGAUAGCUCUCCUUCACGCAGUAAACCUCCGUCCGGAGCAUCCCAUUCUCAGUCCUCAAAGGCUAGCAAUACUAGCGUUGAGGCCACAGCCGCAGAGCUUCUGAAAAGCUUCGAUUCGCAGGCUGCACAAAAUAUCCAUCUACCUUUUAUUUCCAAUCUGAAAGUGCCUCAAGUACAACAGAUCGAGAGUGUGCAAGAGUAUGACCCAAAUAUGGUAAUAUUUUUGGAUAAACAUGGAAAGGCGACUAUGAUCCCCCAUGAUGACAGAGUCACUGGCCAAACUCGGGAAGAAUAUGAGGUAUCGUCGAUUUCAGAGGCGAGUGUGACUGAAAGCAUGCAAGCGCAUCAACGUGGAUCAAAGGAAAUGGAGUACGGCCGUAAGCGCAUCGGGCAGGUUGAGAUGCCCAUCGAUAUUCAGGAUGCUAUUCGUGCAGUGCUCGGUGACUACGAUAGAUCUUUAAUUAGGACAGACGCACUUAGACUGUAUGGGUCGCUUCGCUCAACUGGAACAUUAGAGGGCAAUGAUCUGGUUGAAACCCAAACAAAAAGGAUGAAAAGUGGAUCGGCGAGCAUAAGGAGGAAAGAUGAUAAAUUAGUCCCAGCGCACAUCCUGGAAUAUGGUCACCGAGAGUCCACUGCCUACAUUGCCGCAGUCGCACCUACAACCUACAGUGCAAUCGUAAAUGUGCUUGAGGAAGUACGCCGACGUCUACCAGCCCUUGAUCCCAAGUCAGUACUGGACUUCGGAACCGGACCAGGAACGGCAAUUUGGGCUGCGAAUGAUGUUUGGAAAACAUCCAUAGAAUAUACAGGAAUUGAUGUGUCAUUAGACAUGUUGGAGACUGGAGAGAAGAUCUUGGCAGCUAUGUCUGCAAAUGGCAAACCAAUUCCAAAUGUCGCCUUCAAAUCCUUUGCCUCACAUGGAUCACAGGCCCAAAAGCAUGAUGUUGUUAUUAGCGCAUUCGCUCUGAGUGAACUUACAACAACUGCGCUUCGUCGUUCCACAUUAGAACAUCUUUGGGAUUCCACAAAUGAUAUUUUGAUUCUAAUUGAUCGUGGCACACCUAGCGGCUUCAAGAUCCUGGCAGAGGCGAGGGAGCAGAUUCUAGGACUGGAUCUUGAUCGAUUGAAGCCAAAGCCUACAUAUGAUACAUAUGGAAACUUGAUACCGCCAGAGGAGCCCCAAAGACCAGAGGCAGGCUAUGUCGUGGCGCCUUGCCCUCAUGAUAAGCUUUGUCCAAUGUAUGCGUCUUUGUCCCAUGACUCACAAUGGUGUCACUUUUCACAAAAAGUGCAACGGCCUGAUUUUUUGCGUAAGACAAAGCAUACAAAAGAAAACUACGAGGACUCGAAGUAUACAUAUGUGGUCCUGCGCAAAGGCACACGUCCAGUCUACAUGCCUCCAGCACAAACACUGAUACCAUCUGAUCCGCCGUCAAUACAAUCCUCCGACUCACACAACACAAGUGAUGCUCCUAUUAAUGAGACAGUAAAGUCUAGUGGAGGAAUUGACCAAAAAGUUGCUGAAACAAACGCUGGAAAGAAGAAAAAGGUUAAAAAGCAGCCACCACCGCCUCCAGUAUCAUAUGACAAUGCUGAAGACAUGCAGGCUGCGUCGCACUCCUGGCCUCGGAUAGUGAUCCCACCACUCAAGAGAGAUGGACACGUGGUCAUGGACACUUGUGCUGCGAGCGGGUUUCUAGAACGAAUCAUCAUCCCAAAAUCACAGGGCAAGAUCCCAUACAGAGAUGCACGCAAGGCCAUGUGGGGAGAUUUAUUCCCGCACGAGCCCAAGAAUAGACCAGUGCGGAAAGAUAUUGUGGAAAAUGUCAGUGAUGGACAAGAUAGUGGUAGCGGCGCUAAACCAGAGGAUGAUAUUGAAGGCAAGAAGUUGAAACAGAGGCGAGGCCCGUUAAACACAGGUGGUCCAGGAAUGCUGGAGCGGAUGAAACAUAAGGAGAAGAAGCAGAGCAGGCAGAAAGUGACAUUAGAAGCAGAUGGGUCGGCAAGUAGUCGGAAGAAUAGGAGGAGGAACGAGGAGGACGAUAUCAUCCUUGAGCUUUAAUUGAUUUUCAUC